AUGCCGCCCCCAACCGAUAUUCACAACCCUUUUGAAGGUCCAGGGGACUUUACUCUCUCCUCUGAUAUGCAGAGCACAACAUACGACUUUGUCGAUCCUACAAAACUAGACUUCACAGGCAAGGUAAUUUUCAUUACCGGUGCUUCAGGGACUCUUGGUCGAGCAGCUGCCAUAUCUUUUGCUAAAGCGGGCGCAUCGAAUAUCGCCCUUGCUGCUCGGUCUGAUCUGACCCCGGUACGCCAGGAUGUUGAGGCUGCAGCACAGUCCGUUGGUCGAAGGAAGCCAAAAGUCCUGACUCUACAUAUUGACGUGAUAGAUCAAAAGAGUGUAGAGAUGGCAGCCGCCAGAGUAGAGGAAGUCUUCAAAUUCUGUGAUGUGGUUAUUAACUAUGCCGGGGCGGCAAGCAUGCCUGGCAAGGUUGCAGACACAGAUCCAGCUGCGUGGUGGGAUAUGAUCCAGGUGAACCUUUUUGGAUCCUAUCUCGUCGCUCGGUCAUUUCUCCCACUGCUAGCCAAGGGCGGAGAAGCUCGAUAUCUUAUCUUGGUCAGCGGCGUCAGCGCCCACAUCACCCUCCCUAAAAUGAGUUCCUACCAAAUUGCUAAAUUGGGUGUGGUUCGAUUGGCUGAGUGCAUUGAUAAAGAAUAUGCGGAAGAAGGCAUCAUAUGUAUCAACAUUCAUCCUGGAAACGUCUUCACCAAGCUGAUUCGCGGUAUAUUCGACAAAAUCCCUCCCGAGAUCAAACAUGUAUUCACAGAAACACCCGAGCUUAGCGGUGAUACCCUUACCUUUUUGACGUCAGAGGAGCGAUCCUGGCUUGGUGGUCGAUACCUUAGCAUGGCCUGGGACAUGGAGAACCUGAUGGGUCUCGAGGAAGAUAUAGUCGAAGACGAAAAGCUCCUUGUCCACUUGAAAUGCUAG